AUGACCAUGAUGACGUUCCAAGCGUUUCUUCUGUGUUCGAUUCUAGUAGGACAAGCUUAUUCUAUGACUUGUAUUCCUGGAUCGUACCUACCACCGUACAGUAACAUAUGCUACAAUUGCCCAAAAGGAAUGUAUCAAGAUAAAGCAGGACAAACAUCGUGUAAAUGGUGCAAUGGUGGGGAAUACAACAUUCAACAAGGACGAACAAAAUGCGAUGUCUGUCCUAUUGGUCAUAGCUGCUAUUACAAAAAUACGGCACCGGUGAAAUGUCCCAAAGGAGAAUAUCAAAACCAAAAAGGACAAACAUCUUGUAAAUCGUGCAAUGGCGGCGAAUACAACAUUCACGAAGGACGAUCAAAAUGCAAUGUCUGCCCUAUUGGUCAUAGCUGCUAUUACAAAAAUACGGCACCAGUGAAAUGUCCCAGAGGACAGUAUCAAGACCAAACAGGACAACGAUCAUGUAAAGGGUGCAAAAGGGGCAAAUAUAACAUCCAAACGGCAGCAACCUCAUGUAAGCGUUGUCCUGCUGGAAGCAAAUGUCCUUUUGUAGACUCAAAUCCUUUCCCUUGCYYURAGGGGUUCUACUCUCCCCCAGAAUCCACCAAAUGCUUUUUCUGCGCAUCUGGUUACUUUUGUCCAAGACCAUCAAUGCCACCUGUUCCAAGAAGCAAUGAUACUUUCCUUAGAAGCAAGAUCCACAAUGUCGCCAAUUACGCAUCCCAGGCGUAUCAUCUCCAAGGGAAAGGUCCCCAAGGUUUUGCUCGAUAUGAAGCUGCAAACAAGACGAUCAUUGUAUCGUUUCGCGGGUCGACAGUCAGUUAUCAAGAUUGGAAAAACAAUUUAGACACUCAAAAAGCAAAUUAUACAAGUUGCCAGGGCUGCUUAGUUCAUACUGGAUUUCUGAAUUAUUACCACAAGUUACAAAUAUCGAUGCUGCUAAGAGUCGGCGMUUUAUCUCAUACACAUCCCAAAUCAAAAGUGAUCGUCACAGGCCACUCGCUUGGUGGAGCACUGGCAACCUUUGCCGCCGUCGAUUUGGCGAAACGCGGAUAUAAUACCGAGUUGAUCACCUAUGGAUCACCAAGAGUUGGAAACAAAAAGUUUUCUGAAUAUGCUGACAAAACUCUCAAAUCAUUAAAUCUGAGAGUGACAUACAAGGAMGAUAUUGUUACUGUACUCCCUCCACAAUCAAAGGGGUAUUGGCACGUUGGACAGGAAAUCCAUUACACUGAUCAAAACUCUGCGUUCGAAUUACCACCAAAGACCGAUGUUGGGUAUUACAGAAAUAGCGCUGGUGAUCACAAAAUGGUUAAUUAUGAAAAAUUAAACUAG